UGUUGAUGUUAGUAAUUUUGUUUGUUGAUGUGUGGAUAUAUUCUUUCAUAUUCCUCACUAAGUCGUAGUGAUCUGUAUGCCUUUGAUCCCAUAGCCUUUGUAUUGUUGCAUAUUGGUAGAUAGAAGGUAUCAAAUUUUGUGACAUAUGGUAGUAACUAUUAAGUAGAGUAGUUUAUUCUUUUCUUUUCUAUUAUAGAUAUGUCGAAUAGAACAAUGUAUAUACUUUUGAAAACUAAAUUGUUUCUUUUGAACCAAAAUUUGGGUGAUUACUCUUUUCUAAAUAUGCAAGCAAUUCUAUCUAGUUGGCCAUGAAAGCUUUCAUUUUCUUUCUAGUAUUAGUUCGUGAAUGACUUUGUUUUGCAAAUAAAACAGUUGUGAAGUUACUGUGAAACAGUGGCAUGGAAUAGUCUCUCGCUCUUUCUCUAAUUUAUUUUCUAUUUUUUCCUUUGGAAAAUAACAUAUUAGGUAUUUUCUUUGAUUGGAAUGUAGAAGAUAGUAUAUCUUUUUAUGGUUUUAUUCUUUAUUGUAACAAAUUUUGAAUAAUUGUUUGUUAGUUAAUCUGGAACCUUGCUGUUAGUUAUUUUAUUUAUUAUUUUAUUAUAAAAUGGUUAUUUCGGUUGAACCACGGUUGAACCGGUUGGACCAAUAAAUUAGAGUGGUUCAAUGACCAGUUCGGUUUUCAGAACCUUGCUCAGAACCCUUUUUCCUGUUGCCUCUUCUUAGCCGCCAUUCCCUUCUCAUUAACGAAGAGGUAGCAGCUGCAGUAGCUGCCAAAGUUCUUUACCCUCACCAACGAAGAGGUGGACACCAUACGCUGUUCCGUCUUUUGUCGUUUCAUCUCUCUGCAAACGACAACAACGAACUCCGUUUUGUUUGCAUCGCGUUUUGCGUUUUGCAUUUCGUCCCUUUUUUAAACUCGGCUCAAUGGGAAGGGUUAGUGGAGCUGAGAAGCAAGAGUUCAGUGAGAUGGAGAACGCUGAAUUCUCUGAUUUGCAGCUAAUUUGUCAUGUUAGAGAUGCACUUUCAGCAGUCACUUUGGGUGAUAGAGAGAAUUAUGACGAGCUUGUUGGUUAUUUGCACCGGAAAGAGAGUCUUAAUCCCGAUGAUAUUGCUCUACUUGAGACAACUUUGAAGGCACUCUCUGGAACAGUCUCAUGCAUAGAUUCUGUUCAUCACGAAUCUCUUCUUUCUGCAGUUUAUAGAAUGAGCCUGUGGAAUUAUGGAACUUCUAUUAUGGAUGCACUGAUUGAGCUGAUUGUAUCCUUGGCUGCUUCGAAUGGGAAAUAUAUUGAUUGGUCUUUGGAGUUGCUUGUGAAUAACUUCACUCCCCCUUAUCACCUCAUGGAUAGUUUGAAGCAGGAGAGUGGAAUUGAAAAGAAGAAUAAAGUUCUGUCUCGUGUGCAUGCUGCUUUUGAAGCCAUAGCUGUUUUGGUGCCUCUUGCGCCUUUGCGACUGUCUCCAAUGGUUGUCCAGAGGAUGCCCUUAAUCUACAGUAAGGGACCGGAGAUUCUCAUGUACGUGGAGAACAUGUUAAAGCUGGAAAGUGGUGCAAUUGGAGAAAUUGUUGGUGUUACGAUGCUGCCUGCUAUUGUAGAUAGGUUGAUAGAACUUGAUGUUGAAAUUGGAUGGGAUGGCCUCUUGCAGGAAGAUGCCAAAGGCAUAUUUGAAAUGGAAUUAGAGGAUGCCGAAUUUGCGGAUGGGGAUGGGGAUGAUAAUAUGCCUGCUGCAGAAUAUUUAAAUAGGAAAACUUUGGAGGGAAACACAAUUGCUGAGAAAUUAGAUAGCUUGAUUGAGCUUACUUUUUUGCAUCUCGAGUCCUGUCAAAGCAGUGGCCGUUUGUCUGAGGUAUUUGAUGUUCUACUGAGAUCAUUUCAAAGGACUAUUUUGAAUGCCUACAAGGCAAAGUUCACCCAGUUUGUGGUGUUCUAUGCAUGUGCACUGGAUCCUGAAGAUUGUGGUGUGAAGUUUGCCAUGGUUCUUACAGAUAUGUUUCUUAGCAAUGUUAAUCCCCCCAAUACUAGGAUGAGUGCUGUUGCUUAUCUUGCUAGUUAUUUGUCCCGUGCAAAGUUUGUUUCAGCUGCAUUGGUUGCUAGCAUCUUACAAAGAUUGGUUGAUUGGUGUCUUAACUAUUGCCAGUCACAUGAUUCCGUUAUGAACCCGCGAGCACAUCAAGUUUUUUAUUCUGGUUGUCAGGCUCUCAUGUACAUGCUGUGUUUUCGAAUGAGAUCUCUGAUGGAUGCUCCAAGGCUCAAAAUGCAACUUCUAAAUAUGCCCAUGGAGCCAAUCUUGCAACAUAAAUUGAAUUCUUUGAAGGUUUGUCUACCUACUGUAGUAGUGGAAUUCCUAAGACAAGCAAAGGCUGCUAAGCUCUUCAUGACAUCAGAAUCAUUUGCCUUUGAUGAUAUGCUCGAAUCUGAUCUUUCGAGGGCAUUUGGUGGGAUAGAUAGGCUUGACGCGUUCUUUCCUUUUGAUCCUUGUUUACUGAAGAAAAGUGAAAGUUAUAUACGGCCACAUUUUGCUCGCUGGUCAAAGAUCAAAUGUGAUGGUGCCAACGAUGGCGACCUCAGUGAAAGUGGCAGUGAUGCAUCCGAUGACGAAUUUGUCGACAUGAAUGAGAAUGAUAUGAUUGAAGAUGACAUGACAGUGAGUGUACAAGCAGGUUUGGAUUUCGACCCCGACUUGAAUAGAAUGUCUAUCACGCCCAAGAACAAGUUUCUGUUACAUUUUCAACAGCAAAACGCAAGAAUGCCCGCAAGAAUCAGACCAUCCACUAGUCCAGAGUCUUUGUAAUGAAAUUCUUGUGGCGAAAAACAUGUCAAUUUUGCAAUGUUUUGGCGUGGCAGGAUUAGGAAGUCUAUGUUGGUGUUCUUUAUAGUGAAGAAAACGGGGGAGCAUUGUGCAGUGUUUUGGGGUAUUUUUCCCCAUAUUCAGGGCAAUUGUAAGUGUAGUUUUUAACUUAUGUUCACUUUGUGCUGCCUAUUAAGAAAAUGAGCAGAGUAGCCAACAUUUUUAGGAUUCCGCUCGUCGUCACUAUCUUGUAAAUUGUAAUAGUAGUGUUUCAAAAUUAACUAUUUUUUUUUGGACGGGAAAAUUAACUACUUGAAAGUAAUAUUAUUUAUUUACUUCAAAAUAUAUGGGCCUUUUGCCUUAGAAGUUGUGCCGUUCGUUGGGUUUCGUAUUUUUGGUACCCACAAUAAAAUUCUAGUGAAAGGAAGGAAUAUGUCCUUCUUUGAGA